ACAUGCUCUCAGUCAAAAAGCUAAAAAUCCUCUCCUCCCAUCCAUCCAUCCAUCCAUCUAUAUAUAUAUAUAUGCUGCCUUCUUUUCUUUCUUUUUUGUCCAUCUUUGAGACAACAUUUCGGGUUUUAAAAGAAACGAGAAGAAAAAAAUGCUUCUUAGAAGUACUUCUACACCGGUAUUAAGGACACUUGUCUGCCAGUCAUCAACAAGCCGGCCAGUGUCCAUGUGCCUUCAAAGAACAGCAUCAGAGGCUGAUAUUAAGCCACUCUACUUGACCAGAGAGCGAAUGUUCUCUAAACGUUCUUUCAUGUCACCAGUCCUUAAGGAAAAAGAAGAAAUGAGCGUUUGCAUAGAAGCAGUCGAGGAGGAGGAGAUGGUCUGUGCAGGGGGUGGUGGUGGUGGUGGAAUUUGUGGCAGUGGUGGUGGUGGUGGUGGGAGCUGGGACUCGGGUCAUCAGCCUUAUGAAAGUGAUCAUGAGAGCAUGAAUCUUUAUUACCAGAACAUGAUCAAGGCCUAUCCUGGUGAUGCUCUUCUUCUUGCAAACUACGCUAAAUUCUUGAAAGAGGUACGAGGUGAUGUUGUGAAGGCAGAGGAGUUCUGUGAGAAAGCAAUUCUGGCAAAUGGAAGAGAUGAUGGGAAUGUUUUGUCAAUGUACGGAGAUCUAAUAUGGAAUAACCACAAGGACAGUAAUCGUGCUCAGGCUUGCUUUGAUCAAGCUGUCAAGUCCUCUCCCGAUGACUGUUAUGUGCUUGCUUCUUAUGCUCACUUCCUCUGGGAUGCUGGUGAAGAAGAUGAUGAUGAAGAAGAAGAGACCAAGCAGAAUGAAAUUCAAUGUGAUAGUUUGCCAACAUAUAAACAGAUAUAUAAUCUUCCUCAAGGAUUCCCUCCUUUGGCUGCUGCUUCUUAACGCUGAUACAGCCUGUCUGUGGUGUAAAUCUUGGUCUUACACCUUCAGUUUUGUAAAUGGAACCAAACAGAGAGAUCUCUGAUGCCAAGUCAAGAUGGAUGGUGAUGAUUAUGCUCAAUUGUUGAAGUUAUUGGAAGUAUCUAGCAGAAGAUAGAAUCAAUAAUAUACCAUGUUAAAUCAUCAAUGAAAGAAAGGGAUAAGAGUUUAUUUUGGUACUGUUCUUGUCUUGUUAUUGCGGAUUUAUGUUGCUAAUUAACCUCGUCUUCUUGUUAAAA